UCUUCCAUCUCACUAGCCCCCAGAAAUGGCGGACUACGGCGGAGGAAUCUCCCUCUCUCAAGCCCAGACCUCCGACGACGACUCCUCCGAGCACAGCCCUCGCUGCGUCCCCACACUCGCCACUCCCGGAAGUGCUGUAGCCACCGGCUCCUCCAAGUCCAAAUUGCCUAGUCAGAAGCUCAUCAUCUCCACUCUCGAUCAUCACCAAACCCCACCGUCGACUUCGGAGAAUAUGAGUAGCGGGCGAAAACCCAGAGGCAGACCGCCGGGUUCCAAGAACAAGCCGAAGCCGCCGAUUGUGAUCACCCGAGAGAGCGAUUCCGCCAUGAAGCCGGCGGUCCUUGAGAUCUCGGCUGGGUCAGACAUCAUCGAGACCAUCAUUAACUUCGCUCGUAGGAACCACGUGGGCGUAUGCGUCAUCAGUGCUUCUGGAAGCGUCUCCAACGUCACGCUCCGCCAUCCAGUAUCUCACGCGCCUGCACUGUCUCUCCACGGACCCUUCGGCCUUCUUUCUUUAUCCGGCACCUUUAUGGGAUCUUUUUCUCCUACAAAACCUCCACAAUCAUCGUCCACGUUGUCUUCGACUUCUUGUUUUGGUGUAACCCUGGCAGGUGCACAAGGGCAGGUGUUUGGAGGCACCGUGGGAGGGAAGAUGAUGGCAGCAACGGUGGUGGUGGUGGUGGCUGCAACAUUCAUGAAUCCUGCGUAUCACAAGCUGCCAUGUGAAGGUGAUAAGGAGGAGGAAACGAAACCUAGUGGUGGUGGUGGUGCAAGUGAUCAGUCCUGUUCUACCACGGGCAUGUCUAUGUCUGUUUAUGCUGUGGCUAACCCUUCUCCUAUCAGUUGCCAGAUCUCUCCUGAUGUUAUGCCCUGGGGGUCCUCUCGGCCUUACUGAUUAUGAGUUACUCUUCAGGUUUGCUCAAAACCAGCUGCUUAACUGCUGAGGCAUAUAUCUCCAGCAGAGAAAAUGUGAUGAAAAGCUAACAUUUACACGCCAUAGCAAGCAAGAGCUAAACUAGGCUGGAAUUAAUUGUCUGUGCUUUCUCAUUUAGUACCUUAAGCAGUGCUUUAUUUUCAUUUUGUUGUAUUUAUUAUGAAAAUUUUAUUUACCUUUC